UUGAAUUCUUGUAGUAAAAAUUUUGUUUCUACUAUCAGCAUUCUAAUAUCUUUCUAUAAUUUUAUAUACUCAAUGGAAUCACCAAAAUUUGAAUUAACAAAAAUAUUGGAAUGGGUGCAACUAAAUGAUUAUAAACGUAUAGCCUUACAAUUUCCUCAAGAUUUACUUUCAAUUGCACCGGAAAUUCUUUUGGAAUUGGAGAAAUGUGCAAAUGACAAACAAUUUUUUAUUUUGGCAGAUACUUCUUACAGAAGUUGUUGUUUGGAUUUGAUUGCUGCUGAGCAUGCAAAUUGUGAUUCUAUUGUUCACUUUGGAGGGGCAUGUAUGACGGAUUUAAAUGGCAAAAUACCUUCCCUUUAUAUUUUUGAAAAUACAAACAUCGAUUUUGUCAACUUUCGAGAAAAUAUUUCAAAAUUUAUUAAUACAAAGGAUGAAAAGGAAUUUGAUCAAAUACUUAUUUUGUGUGAUUCUGACUAUUCGGAUUUGGAAAGUAUGGUUUUAGAGUAUGUUUUUAAUGUUUGUGAUUCUUCUAAACUUGAAAAAAAUUGUAGAAUUAUUUUAAAACGUGAAAUUCCUUCAAAUUUUAACGAAAAUAAAAAUAAUUUAAUAAUAUUUUUUGGAGAAAAAGAAAGUCCACUUUUACCGCUUUUUGUGUUAACAUUAAAAGGAAUAAAUAAAAUAUUGCAUUAUGAACCAAAAGAAAAAAGUUUUUAUUUGGAAAGUUCAAAAACAAACAAAUUAUUAAUGAAAAGAAUGUAUUUGGCUGAAAAAGUUAAAGAUGCAAAUACAAUUGGAUUAGUACUUGGUUAUGUAUCAAUGGAAUGUAGAAAAGAAGCGAUUAGUAGAGUUAGAAAAUUAUGCAAACAAAGAGGCAAAAAACUUUAUGUUUUUUAUAUUGGAAAGUUAAACGAAGCUAAAUUAACAAAUUUUGGUGCAGAAAUUGAUGUUUUUGUAAUGUUAAGUUGUCCUUAUGGAAUUUUAUUGGAUGGAAAUAAAUUUUUUAAACCAAUAGUAAGUUUAAUGGAAGUUGAAAUGUCACUUAACCAAAAUACUCCCUAUGAAAAUAUAAAAUGGACAGGGGAAGCUUCAAAUAUUCUUGAAAAUAAAAUUCAAGCUUUUACUGAAGAAAAUGAUGUUGAUAUGAGUCUUACAUCUGGAAGUGUGCGGUCCUGUGGGUGUAAUUCAACUAAUGGGGAAGAUGAAAAUAUGCAACUUCUUGAAUAUUCUGCAGGUUACAAUUUAUUUUUUAAUUUGGUAGGACUACUAUUUUUGAGAUUUUUUAUUUGUCUCAUUUAUGGAGAUACGUAUCGGAAAUUAUGUGUUAGUUUUUCGGACUUAAAAUGAAUUCUAAAAACGAAAGGAAAAUUUGUGAGAAAAUAAAAAGUAUGGAAUUUUUCGAGAACCAAUUUUAAACA